CAGUGCGGGCCGGGCCAGCUGUCAGGACGCGCGAAAGAUCAAAAUUUGUACUCGGUUUGUGUGUGUGUGUGUGUGUGCGGAACAGGCGGGAGGAAGAGAAGCUGCCCGGCUAAAACUCUAACUAAAUGUGCAUCAGAAAACAAAAAUAGCGUUUGUCACGCAGACGGUUACUUUUCUGCGUCUUUUGUCGUGUCUGCUCGGUUAUUUUUCAGCGGGGAGCUUAAAAACUAGGCAGCGGACAAAGAUGAGCCUCGUAGCUCCUCAACAACAGGCUGAGGUGCUCCCAACUGUGGCUCAGACAGCAACUGAGAGUGACUCGGACAGCGGGGUGGGCUCUCCAGCAGAGGCCGCGGAGGCUCCAGAGACGGCAAACAAAAGAGAAGAUUUGCCAGAUUCUGAUGAUGACGAUGAGGACAUCGCAGUUCACAGAAAGCCCCACCGUAAUGCCAUCAGAGACAGCGACAGUGAGGAGGAGGAGGCAGCCGCUGACACCAGCGUGCACAUGGCAGAAGCUCUGGUCUUAUCUGCGUCCGGUGAAGAGGAGAUGGAGACCGGGGAGGCGGAGCAGAAGGAAAAGCGAGCGCAGAAGAGCAAGAGAAUAAGCCGGGCGCCCGCCGACAGCGACGACAGUGAGCCUGACAAAGGGGAAGAUGAAGAAAUGGAGGUGGAGGAGGCGAAGUCGAAGAAGGAAGGGAAAUCGAUGAAAGAGAGAGAGAAGAAGAGAGAGAAGAGCCAGAGACACAGAGAGAGGAAGGAAAAGCGCAGCAAAGCGGUGGAAAAACUGAAGAAGAAGGAGAGGUUCUCUGAAGGAAACGAAGAGACGCCCCUCCCUCGGGCUCUGAAUGACAGCGGGUGUCUGCUGGGUGACACGGAUCUGUUCGACACCGGUCUGAAUGAUGACGACGAUGAGGAGGAAGAGGAGUCUCUGGAUGCCAUCCGAGCUGCUGUCAAACAAAAAAUGAAAAAACACAAGGAGCCUCUCCUGGAUGAAGAGGACGAUGAAGAGCUACCUGAGAAACCCCACCGUGUGGAGAGAAAAGCUGCACGUGCCAGCAAAGAUGCGAUGAAGCAGCUCCACAGCGAGUCUCAGAGGCUGGUCAGAGAGUCCGCGCUGGGUCUACCCUACCACAUCCCCGAACCCAAGACGAUAGAUCAGUUCUUUAAGAAGAGAGCAAGGCCAGAGGGUCCUGCCAUGAAACUGCUGAAAUCUACAAAAUACUCCGAAUUGUUGUUGGAGACACCAGCAGCUCCUCCGCCUCCUGUAAACCCACCCAGCGAUCCAGAGCAGCCGUCCACAGACCAGGACCCUCCUCCCUCUCUGGACGUCUCGUGCACCCAGAUCCAGCCCUUACUUCACCCCGCAGCGACCUCGUCCCCUCAGAAGGAGAGCCUCAGCCAGACCGGGGAAACCACAGAGACCUCAGAUCCCGAGCAGGACUCGGGCCCUAUGCUCUACCUCUCUGAGAGUCUGACGGAGUCGGGGACGAUGGAUGUUGUGAUGAAACCUGCUUCUGACCCUGUAGACGAAGCCUCGGCUGCACCGCUAGAGCAAAGACAGACUGCAGCAGCAGCAGCGUCGGAGGCCCUGAAAACAGAGCCUGUGUGUGGGGCUUUGGAUGAGCCUGUAGCCCCUCAGUCACAGAGUUCUGAUUCACCUACAGCAGAUGCUCCAGUGCAAAACGCCACCAAGCCGAAAAAGGAUAAAUUGACCAGACUGAAGGAGCUGGGACUGGACCCCCCGCCUGUCGCUAAAUUGUGUCCAGAUGACGGAGCCUUUGUGCAUCUCGAGCCUCCUCGACAAAACCCCGGUUUGGAGGCCCUGAGGGAGCGCUACCUUCGCCACGUUCACGCUCCCGCGCGCCCCCAGGGGGAGCGCACGAUGCAGCUCAGCAUCAUCCGCAAAGACAACACCCCGUCCGGCCAGGAGGAGCUGCUCGCCGAGUCUGUCACGGUCACCGUUAAGGAGGCUGCAGAGGAGCCGGUGACGACCAAACCAGGAGAGAAGCUGCUGACGUUGAAGCAGCGCCUGCAGCUCGCCAUGGCCCAACGGAGGAGGGAGGAGAGGGCGCGCAAGGCCGAGCUGAAUCGCCUCGACAACGAAGAAUGCGGGGAGGAGGAGGAAGAGGAGGAGGAGGAUAUGACGGAUGAGUCAGAGGAAGAAGAAGGUGUCGAUGAUUUACUGGGAGGUGGUGAAGAAGAAGAAGAAGAAGAGAAGGAGGAGGAGGAGGAGGAGGAUGAAGGCAGCGUGGCCCAGAGUAUCAGGAGCCCUUCUCCUGUUGCGCUCCUCAGCGGACCCUCGUCAACUUCUGACCUGGUUAACACCGAUUCCACACUCAUGCUGUUCCCUGGAAACUCCUGCUCUCGCACAGGAGAUGGCGUCAGACGCUCUGGGCCUUCUGGACAUGACAGCAGCAAUAAGACAGAAGAGGACGACUCUUUGUCCCUGGUGAAGGACAACAGCCACAACAGCAGCUUUGAGCUGGUCGGGUCCAUGAUCACCUCCUACCAGCCCGUCACCAACCAGCGCUCCACAGGAAGAGGAAUCUCCCACUCCUCCAUUUUCCGCUCCCCUUCGCCCUGCCUCUUCAGACCCAGCUUCCUCGGCUCUGCCUCCAAGAGUUCAGGAAAACUCUCCGAGCCCUCGCUCUGCCUCCCCGUCGAAGACUCCCAGGACCUCUACGCACCCCCGUCCCCCGGUGCGGACUCUGGUCCCCUGGGAGGAGCCGCUUCUGGCCCUGGUCUGGGGGGAGACUCCCAGGGACGUUUCUCCCUAGAGGACGACGCCCAUUCCCAGUUGCUCGACGCCGACGGCUUCCUGAACGUGGGGCCUCGCCCCGGCGUGCCCCGCCCUCACAAGAGACAGCUGCUCCUGGACAGCCUGGAUGAAAACGCGAUGGAUGCCAACAUGGGGGAGCUCCUGGGGUUGUGCUCGGGUGGUUUCGGGCCGGCGGAGAGCAGCAGCAGCGGCGGCGGCGGCGUUGGCUCCGGUAGAGGUCAGGGCCUCGGAGAGUCGCAGGAGGACGAGCUGCUCGGUUUGUGCUCGGGAGCUUUUCCUCCGACUCAGGCCGAAGAGGAGCAGAGGGAAACGGAGGAGAGGAAAGAGGGAGGACUGGAUGAAGAAUCUGAUAAUACCAUGGAUCAGCUGCUGGGGCUGUGCUCCGGCAAAUUUCCAAGUCAAGGCUCCACUCACACGGCUUCACCAGCACAAGACAGGAAAGAGGAGCGGGAGGAGGAAGAGGACUGCGACUUCAGACUCCUUUCAGAUAUAGAAAGUGAGAAGGAAGGAGGAGAAGAUGAUGAUGAUGAUGGAGAGGAAAAUGGUGAGGAGGAUGAAGCAGAUGGCAGUGAAGAGGAGGACCACGAUGUGGAGGAGGAGGAGAUGCAGGGUGUGUUCGCACCGCGCCGGAUCAAGAAGAAGAAGAAGAAGAAAAUGCGUUUGACCGACUACCUGGAGUCGGAGGCCGAGCUGUCGGGCAGCGACGUGGGCAGCGACGACGAGGAUGGAGACGGGGAGAGCGAGUACGAGGAAGAGGAGCUUCUGGAAGAGCUUCCCUCUGACGAAGAGCUGCAGGACCAAGUCAACAAAAUCCACAUGAAGCAGAUUUUGGAUGAUGACAAGCGUCGCCUGAGGUUCUACCAGGAGCGCUACCUUGCAGAUGGCGACUUGCACUCUGACGGCCCGGGACGCGCUCGCCGCUUCCGCUGGAGAAAUAUCGAUGAUGGUUUCAACACGGGCGGGAUGGGAGAGGAGGGCGAGGAGGAGGUGGAGGAAGAUGAAGAUGCGGACCAGGCGGAGGUCCAGAGGAGGAAGGAGAGACUGGAGAGAGAACAGUGGCUCAGAGAACAGUCGGAACAGAAAGCCAAGAAAGGGGAGGAUUUGGAUGCGGACGAUGAGAAGAUCGGAGAGGAAGACAGUCAGUUUAUGAAGCUGGCCAAGAAGCUGACAGCCAAGACUCUGCAGAGAAAAGAGCCCCCGGCGGCACCACAGCCAGAAAAGAAGGCGACAUCAGUUCUCAAUCCCUUCCAGAGACCGUCACAGCCUUUACAGGUGAGGAGAGGCUCUCUGCUGAGUCAGCCUCAGUCCGUCCUCCAGAAACUGGCCUCCAUCUCCGAGGGGAAUCCUCUGGCUCCGAGAAACAGCCGUGGAUUCUUGUUUCAGACUCUUUCUCCGGAGAAAACCAACGCGGCUUCGGAUGCUCCUCAGAAACAGAUAACGAAGAAGAAGAGAGGACUGGAAGCAGUGAACCCAGCAGCCAAGAGGCCGUGCAGGGAGAACAAACCUACAGGACAGACUAAAGCGUCCCAGAGGAGCAUCUUCAACUUCCUGGACCACUGAGGACGUGACACACACUAACUGAAUGAUAAUCAUCAUCAUCAUAAGAGGUACCUGUGGUACUUUACCCUCUAAUAUUCCAGUAUUUCACUUUACAAUGAGACUUGAAACCGGUGAGAUGUCCUGCUGGCGUUUGUCUCCUUUUAAUGGCACAGAUUUUUUUAUUAAAAAAAAACAGGUGGUCAGGUGGGUUUGCAUGUUUACAAAGCCUUAAAAUUGCAAAUGAAAUCACGCCACUGAAGCACCUUUCUGACGAGGCGAAUCUUUGAAUGAACCUUUUUUUUUUAAACACCAUCAUCUUGUUCGACUUAAUCUGGGGGAGCCACUUGAUUGAGGUCUAACCCCUCAAAAAUGUUUUAUCAUGUAAAUAGGAUUGAUUUUGUUUUGUUUUUUAUUAGUUAGGGAUUUUUAUUUUAUUUUUUUGUAUGAUGAUUUAAAUGUAUUUGUUUCACAUUGUAAAUAAAAGUGUAUUUUAAGACUUUA